AUGUCGGGCAGCAGCAAAAUCCGGCACAUCGUCCGCCUCCGCCAGAUGCUGAAGCGGUGGCGCCGGAAAGCAUCCUCUGCGGCGCGGCUCACACAAUCCGAUGUGCCAGCGGGACACGUGGCGGUGUCCGUGGGCCCGAGCUGCAGGCGGUUCGUGGUCCGGGCGUCUUACCUGAACCAGCCGGUUUUCAAGAAGCUGCUGGCCCAGGCCGAGGAGGAGUACGGGUUCACCAACACCGGCCCACUCGCGAUCCCCUGCGACGAGUCACUCUUCGAAGAGGUCCUACGCUACCUGGCCCGGAAGGAGUCCAAUUUAAACAACUCGGCCCGGUUCAUGACCUUCGAGGACUUCCAGCGCUACUGCCACGUAGGCUUCCAGAGCAAUGUCAAGAUCUGGGCCGACUCCAGACCACUCCUUGAUGGGCUUUGUGAUUAG